AUGGCCGCGCCAGCAAUAGCAACAGGGACGCAACAGCCGAUCGUGGUCGAAGUCCCCCCCAUCAACAACCCAGCCAUCGACGUCUCCACCCUCCCACCCCUAGACGUCACCAAACCGCCUCCGCCGCGCACCAACGCCCUCUUCGACACCCUCCUCGACACAUACGCCUCCUUCCAGGCGCGGCGGGAAGCGCUCGGCCUCAGCAACCCGGGCACCGUCGACCAGAUCUCCAAGGAAGUCCAGCGCGACGUCUUCCUCACCAACCAGACCUUCUCCGGCCUGCGCGCCGAACUAAACAAGAGCUUCUCCAUCAACCCCAUCUUCCAAGUCAGCCAUGCCUUUUCCAUGGGCUCCCAGCAAUUAUCGCCCUAUACCUUCCUCGCCCUCUACGGCACGGAUAAUCUCCUCCUCCAAGGCCAAGUCGACUCCGACCUCUCCUUCUCCGCCCGCCUCAACGCCCGCCUCCACCCUCGCCUCACCCAAAAAUGCUCCCUCCAAAUCCAACCCUCCGCCGGCAUGUCCCCCGGCGGCGCCCAGAUCUCCCUCGAACAAGACUACAUCGGCUCCGACUUCACCGCGCAACUCAAAUCCAUCAACCCGUCCAUCCUCGAAGGCUCGCUGACGGGCAUGUUCAUCGGCUCGUACUUGCAAUCUAUCACGCCCCGACUCAGUGUGGGGUUGGAAGGUGUGUGGCAGAAACCGGGCGGGGAUAUGGGACCCGAGGCUGCAUUGUCCUAUGCCGCGCGGUGGAAGGGCGAUGAUUGGAUCGCUUCCGCACAACUACUCACGCAAGGCGGGUUGCAGGGGAGUUAUUGGCGGCGGUUGACGGAUAAGGUUGAGACGGGCGUGGAUGUCAAUCUGCAGUUUGCCGGCCUGUCCGGGGCGAACGCCAUGAUGGGCGGGAUGAGGAAGGAGGGGACGGCGACGCUGGGGGCCAAGUAUGAGUUCUCCCGGUCCAUUUUCCGCGCGCAGGUCGAUAGUCAGGGCAAGAUUGGGUGUCUGUUGGACAAGGUCAUUGCGCCGCCGGUGCGCGUCACGUUUGCGGGGGAGAUGGAUCAUGCGAAGAACGCCGCCAAGCUCGGCCUCGCCGUCUCGAUCGAGGCGUCGGGUGAAGAGCUCAUGGAGCAGCAGGAUAGAGUCAUACCAGCCUCGCCGCCCUUCUAA